UAUCUUGUGUUAGUUAUACAAAUCAUUGACUGAGGUCGGUAUGGACAUGAUACACAGGAAGCCUAUGCGUUUUUAGUAUGUUAACACAACAACAAUCCGACAUGGGUUACACCACAUCAUGAAAAUAUUGGCAGUGUUGAGAACAGUUCUGCAAGCUGUCCAACUCAGGCAGUCCAUUCAAUUGUGGUCGACCGAGCGUAGAAGCUAGUCUGAAAACUUUAGACAUAUUUAAUCACUUCUAAGUCGUAAAAGAGUGUAAAGUGCUUGGCCAAAUUGUAUUACUACUGGACUGGUGACUGUUGAGGGGGACAAAGAUUUCCAUUGGCAUUGAGGCUUGGAAGGAGAAUGCUGCGCAGGACCGUCUCCUUCCCCAUUGAGGCGGGACAGCUGCAGCAGCUGGGUCUACAGGGCUGUGGCUCCCACGGUGUGACAUCAUGCUCGGUGAUCGACCUCCCGGCUCUCCUCAAUGCUCACCAUGGGCAACGGCAAUGGGAGGAUGAACGGUGGGGCUGGUACCAGGGGCAUGCCGAGGAAGGCCAAUGGGAGGAUGAGGGAGGGCUAGUGGUCACGCCCUCUUCUACUGGUAUGCAAAAUGAUGAGUUUGUCAGGCUGUUCGUGUCAGAGGAGGAGAGAAUCCUCAACUCUGCAGACCUGAGUGCAGAGGAGAGGAGUGACGUUCUAGCAGAGUUGGUGUAUUCCCGAAGCAGACUAAAGCAAUUGAACUCAGAGCUGCAGAGAACAGUGGAGUUAGCCGAUGACAACAACACACUGCUACGCACUGAGAACGCUGCACUGCGCAACCAAGUCAAAGGGAUGAAGCAGUCGAUCCAUGAUGCAGAGCAGCUGAUGGAUGAGCUGGAGGAGAUCCGGAGCUUAUCAGCUGAGAAGGACGGCGCUACGGGCAACCUGGAGUCCUACAUCAAACAACUGGAGAAAGAGAAGGAGAUUUUGGAAGACCAGAUCGAGACCAUUGGCAGUGAGAUGUCCCGUAUUAUACCAGAUAGAGCCACUGACAAGAAGAAGAUCGCUGACCUCAGCAAUGCUCUGCAGGCCUUACAGCUACGGCUAGAGGAGAGCAGACUCGCCCUGGAUCAGAGGUAUGAGGUCAUACAUAAGAAGGACUUUGUUAUUGAGCAGCUGGAGCAGUCCCUCACAGAGUACUCCUCCAUCGCACAGGAUCUGAAGGAGAAGAUGAAGGAUCUGGAGAGCCAACUGGCAGAGGCCAUAGUAAAUGGAGGAGAGGGGCGUUACAUGGCGUUAGAUGGGACUCUGUCUGCAGCCACUCAGCGCUCCAUCUCUCUAGCGGAGGAAAUGGGUCUACUGCCACGUAGGAUGGAUGAGUCCUCUGAUGAGGAGGUGCAGGAGCAAAGAGAUGAGAGGGUAGAGAAAGAGGAGAAGCAGAGAGUGGAGGAGAGGAUAGAAAGAGAGGAGAAUGAGAAGAAAGAUGAGGUCAAGGAGGAGAAACAGCUGUUACAGGAGAAGAGAGGUGUGUGGUCAGAUCUGGUGGGAGGUGUCCAGGCAGCAGGAGGUUUCACCCUGGGUUUCCUGGCUCCUCUGGGUGUGCUGGUCUCCAUGGUCCCUGGCUGCUACGACCACUGUACUGGACUCAGCUGCACCGAUAUCCUCUGGUCUACUGCCAGAUACCUCAUACAGCCAUACUGCAACAUGCACCACAUAGGCCUUCCUCCUCUGUAACACAUACAUAUAUACAGUGCCUUGCGAAAGUAUUCAGCCCCCUUGAACUUUGCAACCUUUUGCCACAUUUCAGGC